AUAUCCUACGUUAGCCGCUCCCGCUUGCGCCAUCCUUCAUCUCUUGUUUUAUCUUUGUUUAUCGAGUUCGUUGGCUGUGCAUACUACAUUGAACGAAGGCGCGGCGAAACUAUGUCUACCCAAAGCGUUACUAUAGACUCUCCGCAAGUUGCCAAGAGCAGCUUUUGCCAUCCGUUAGCACCAUUAUCGGCUGAUGAGAUCAAGAACGCUGCGGCAAUCAUCAAAGCUUCAUGGCCUGCACAUACUGAGUUGCAUUUCAAGGCUAUCACGCUCGAGGAACCCCUCAAGGCAGAAAGCUUGCAGUAUCUCGAAGCGGAACAUAAUGGAGCAUCUCGACCAUCGAUCUCCAGGAAGGCAUUUAUCAACUAUUACAUCCGCAAUACUAACAAAUAUCAUGAAGCCAUUGUAGACCUGAGUUCUGGCCGUGUACUACGUAACGUUCUUUUGGGUAAAUUCGUACACGCAAAUGGAGACGGCGACGAGAUCGUUGAAAUCGAGAAGAUCGUGCUCGCAGACGAAGGUGUCAAGGCCGCUAUUGCAAAACUUGAACUCCCAGCGGGCACUGUAGUCAUCAGCGACCCGUGGAUCUACGGUUCGGAUGGCAUUGAUGACGAAGAUCGACUAUACCAGUGUUUCCUCUAUAUGCGCGACCCUCUCAAUCCUGCUGAAGCCGACUCCAAUCACUAUGCACUACCUCUUCCCAUCUCACCAGUGUUGACCACCGAGAACAUGAAAAUCAUUCGGAUUGACACCCUCCCGACAGGCGCAGACAAUACGCUCAAACCGUUUGAAAAAUUUACGGUACAUCCACCGAAUGAAUACAUCCCCGAGCACCAGGAUCUGAGAACGGAUUUGAAACCUCUGAACGUCGUGCAGCCAGAGGGCGCGAGCUUCACAGUCACGCAAGAAGGCACAUCGAGUAUCCUUCAAUGGCAGAAGUGGAAGUUCAGGGUUGGUUUUAACCAACGCGAGGGCAUGGUGUUGUACGAUGUGCGAUAUGACAACCGCAGUCUUUUUUACCGGUUGUCUUUGAGUGACAUGAACAUACCGUAUGCUGAUCCCCGACAUCCAUUCCAUAAAAAGAGUGCUUUUGAUUUGGGCGAUGCUGGUGCAGGCAUCAUGGCAAACAACCUCAAACUUGGCUGCGAUUGUCUUGGAUCUAUCCACUACCUCAGUGCUGUGCUUUCGGACCCUAAGGGUGGUGUUGUUCCCAUGGACAACUGCGUAUGCAUCCACGAACAGGAUGCAGGCAUAGGCUGGAAACAUACCAAUUACCGAACAGGACGCGCUGCCGUUGUUCGAUCAAGGGAGCUCGUCUUACAAUCCAUCAUUACUGUUUCGAACUACGAGUACAUCUUGGCCUUCAUCUUCAACCAAGCAGGGGAACUUAGCUAUGAGAUCCGAGCGACUGGAAUUCUCAGCACACAGCCCAUUGACGAAGAUAUCGAAGUACCAUUCGGAACUGUGGUUCAUCCAGGUGUGCUCGCAGUCCAUCACCAACAUAUCUUCAGUCUGCGAGUCGACCCGUACCUCGAGGGUCCUGAUAACCGUCUUGUCUAUGAUGAGGCAUUUCCCAUGCCCCGUUCGGAUUUCAAUCCUCAUGGUACCGGCUACUAUGUGCAGGAAACCGUGGUCAGCGAGUCCGGCGGCUACGACAUCGCCUAUGAAAACAACCGUACCUUCAAGAUUCAGAAUGCCAACAUCCGGAAUCCUAUCAACGGCAAACCAGUCGCUUAUAAGAUCCAGGCGCCGCCGUUCCAGAAGAUCUUGUCAGACAAAGACAGCUUUAAUUAUAAAAGAGCAGAGUUUUCGGAUCACAACAUUUAUGUUAUAGGAUACAGGGAUGGCGAGUUGUACGCCGGAGGAAAAUACACGAAUCAAUCGAGAGGUGGAACCGGCGUUAGGUCGUGGGCUGACCGAAAAGACAACGUCAAGGACUCUGAUUUCGUCGUAUAUAUACAGGCAGGGAUCAACCAUAUUCCAAGAAUCGAGGACUUUCCUGUAAUGCCUUGCGAGAUUCUCAAGAUCCACCUCAAGCCAGUAAACUUCUUUGAUAAGAACCCCGCACUGGACGUUCCGCCAAGUGAGCAAAUCUUCAACAAGAGUGUGCUGGUCAGUGAGCAACAUCAUCAACCGACACAAGAGGCGAAAGUUGGUCAGGACAUUGUGUGCUGCGGUGCUCCGAAGUUAUGA